AUGUCUGCACUUCGGAAGAAAUUUGGAAGCGACUAUCAGGUUGUGACCACCACAUCAUCCAGCCAUCUGAAAGAAAAGAAGAGGAAACGACAGCGCUUUGUGGAUAAGAAUGGGCGAUGUAACGUCCAGCAUGGAAACCUUGGUGGAGAGACCAGCAGAUAUCUGUCAGACUUAUUCACAACGCUAGUAGAUCUCAAAUGGCGCUGGAACCUCUUCAUAUUCAUUCUCACCUACACGGUGGCCUGGUUAUUCAUGGCCUCAAUGUGGUGGGUCAUUGCAUACAUCAGAGGAGACCUGCACCGAACCCAUGAUGAGAAGUACACGCCGUGCGUGGCCAACGUCUAUAACUUCCCCUCUGCGUUCCUCUUCUUCAUUGAGACGGAAGCCACCAUCGGAUACGGCCACAGAUACAUCACUGAAAAAUGUCCAGAAGGAAUCAUUCUGUUCCUCUUUCAGUCCAUUCUGGGCUCUAUUGUUGACGCCUUUUUAAUAGGUUGUAUGUUUAUUAAGAUGUCUCAACCCAAGAAGAGGGCAGAGACUCUGAUGUUCAGUGAAAAUUCUGUCAUCUCCAUGCGGGACGGCAAACUCACUCUAAUGUUCAGGGUCGGUAAUCUGCGUAACAGCCACAUGGUCUCUGCCCAGAUCCGCUGUAAAUUACUCAAGUCCCGUCAGACGCCCGAGGGCGAGUUCCUCCCCCUGGAUCAGCUGGAGUUGGAUGUUGGCUUCAGCACUGGAGCGGACCAACUCUUCCUCGUGUCACCGCUCACGAUCUGUCAUGUGAUCGACAUCAAGAGCCCGUUCUAUGAGCUCUCGCAGCGGUCCAUGCAGACGGAGCAAUUUGAAAUAGUUGUGAUUUUGGAGGGUAUAGUCGAAACUACCGGCAUGACUUGUCAAGCACGGACAUCAUACACAGAGGACGAGGUGCUGUGGGGCCACCGAUUCUUCCCUGUCAUCUCUCUGGAAGAGGGCUUCUUCAAAGUGGAUUAUUCUCAGUUCCACGCCACCUUUGAGGUUCCUACGCCCCCCUACAGUGCAAAAGAGCAGGACGAGGCGUUACUCAUGUCGUCUCCACUAAUAGCCCCAUCUCUGUGCAACAGCGGGGAGAAGAACAGCUCUCUGGACUGCCUGGAGCUGCUGGAGGAUCCCGAGAGCUCCACCAAAUUACCGGCCAAACUGCAGAAGAUGACAGGAAGGGACGGACUGCCCAGGAAGCUCUUGCGGAUGAGCUCCACCACAUCAGAGAUGACAUACAGCCUCGGAGAACUGCCUAUGAAACUCCAGCGCAUCAGUUCAGUGCCUGGAGUCUCAGAGGAGAAGCAGGUUUCAAGGACAAAUAAGGUUACCACAGAGGGCAUGAGCAAAUCGGUUGCGGACUUGCCACCGAAACUGCAGAGACUGUCUGGGGGAGGAGGCCGCAUGGACGGACACUUGCCCCCCAAACUCAGAAAGAUGAACUCUGACCGAUUCACAUAG